AUGGCUCGAAAGAGGACACAGGAAAUCGAAGGUGAGAUGUUUGCAGCCGGGAAGGGCGGAAGAGAAGGCGAGACGCCUGCUACAGAAGAGCCUGAUUCAGAAGGUUUGCGUCAUGGAGCCGGAAAACCUGAAGAUGCUUCAUCUGGAAUGGCCUGGAAGAGGGCGAAAGAAAUGGAAGGCGAAAUGUUCGCAGCCGGAAAGGGUGGAAGA